AUCAGUUCCAAGUUGACUGUUAGCGAGUUUGUGACAAAGUGAAGAUGUUUAGAGUGGCGUGUUUUGUUCUUGCGUUUGGUUUUACUCAGUCAGCAGUAUUACCAGUUGAAAAAUGCAGCCUCGAGGAUGCGGCCUGUUUAGUACCAGCAUUUCAAAAGAUGCUUCCAGUGUUCACGGCUGGAAUGCCAGAGGCCAAUGUAGAAGUAUUAGACCCCAUGGAAAUCGAGGACCUAGCUUUUGAACUUGCUGGACUUAAGUUCACGCUAAAAGGAGGCGUUAUGAAAGGAUUGAAGGCUGCCACUGUUGAUAAUGUUGAAUGGAACACGAAGAAGAAAUUAUUUGCAAUCGAUUUCCACUUGGAUACCUCUGUGAAGGGUCACUACACUGCAGAUGGUCGCGUUUUGAUUCUACCCAUCACUGGAGAUGGCCAGAUGAAACUGAAAUUGAAGAAUCUUCAGAUCAAGCUGUACAUUCACUACGACAUCAUUAAGAACUCUGAUGGGAAGGAUGUGAUCAAGCCAACGAAGUACAACUUUGAUUUCGACGUCAUAGAUCACGCGCAUUACCAUCUAUCCAACUUGUUCAACGGAAAUAAGGAGCUGAGUGAGGCAAUGCUGUCAUUCUUGAACGAAAACUGGAGGCAAAUAGCGCAAGAAUUCGGCCGACCCGUCAUAGAUGCGACUGCAAAGAAAAUAUUCAAAAGCAUUGGAAACUUCUUCGAAGCAAUGCCAAUUGAAGAAAUAGCCAGUGUUUAAUUGUUUAGUACAAAUUAUUGCCUGUAUAAUAGCUUGUGAUUAAAUAAAUUAUGUUGGUGUUUA